GACGUCUCCUCCUGCCGGGGAAGAAGUGACGUCAGACUGGAGGCUGGACCAACAUGGCGGCUGUCAUGAGGCUUGUCAACAGAAGCACUUUAAGCUCAGCCAUGGGUCAACAAUACCUGGCGUUCAGCUCCGCGCCAAAGGUCCAAACAGCUGGUGUACGAGCAAGUCAAGCUCUUCCAGAAAAGGUUAAAAUAGUGGAGGUUGGACCCAGAGAUGGCCUUCAAAAUGAAAAGACCAUCGUCCCAGCCGAGACAAAGAUUCACCUGAUUGACAUGUUGUCACAGUCAGGGCUGACUGUCAUCGAGGCCACCAGCUUUGUAUCUCCAAAAUGGGUUCCACAGAUGGCUGACCAGGUGGAAGUGAUGAAGGGGAUCUCUAGGAAACCAGGUGUGUCUUACCCGGUCCUCACCCCGAACCUCAAAGGUUUCCAAGCUGCUGUGAAGGCAGGAGCUUCAGAGGUAGCCAUAUUUGGUGCUGCGUCUGAGCUGUUCAGUAAGAAGAACAUAAACUGCUCAGUGGAAGAGAGUUUACAACGCUUUGACGAGGUUAUGAAAGCAGCCAAAGAGGCCGGUGUUCCAGUUAGAGGUUAUGUGUCAUGUGUCCUCGGAUGUCCGUAUGAAGGCAAGGUGGCACCUGAAAAAGUCGCACACGUAGCUAAGCGUCUGUACUCCAUGGGCUGCUAUGAGAUCUCCCUCGGUGAUACUAUUGGAGUGGGGACACCAGGCAGCAUGACUGAAAUGCUGGAGGCGGUGAGCCAAGAGGUGCCAGUCAAAGCUUUGGCAGUGCAUUGUCACGAUACCUACGGCCAGGCCUUGGCUAACAUCCUUGUGGCCUUGCAGAUGGGAAUCAGUGUGGUAGACUCGUCAGUAGCAGGACUGGGCGGCUGUCCAUAUGCCCAGGGAGCUUCUGGGAAUGUUGCCACUGAAGAUGUAGUCUAUAUGCUGCAUGGACUUGGGAUUCAAACAGGAGUGGACCUCUCGAAGCUGAUGGAUGCUGGAGCUUUCAUUUGUCGUACCCUCAACAGAAAGACGAGCUCCAAAGUGGCUCAGGCAACCUGCAAACUGUAAAGUCCACCAGAGGGCUCUUUCACAGACCACACUACAGCAUAAUCACGAAACCCGGAGCCAUGAUUUCCUGUAUGUUAUUUGAUUUUGAUUUAUCCUCUGCCGUUAUGAGAUUAUUAUUUUAAUAUGUGAGUGGUAGUGACCCCUCCUUCUGUUUUUAGAAUAAAAUAUCUGUUGAUUAGAUGUUCACUACAUGAUAGCAUAGCUGGAACAGUGCCUUAAAAUCAGUCUGAUCAUACAGAUCCCACCUAUCAAAAGCCUUCAUCGGUUUCUUUAAUAUUGUGCUUAUGUUACUUUUUGGUCAGUGGGUAAGCUUAAGUGAAUCACAGACUUUUCUAAUAAUAAAUUAACUAGUAAAGAUGUCCUAGGGAUGAAUAAACUCACUGUUGAUGUCAGACAGAGACACAAGUGUUGUUUUGACUUCUAUCAUGAAUGAAUUAUCUACACAGGGAGCAUCUACGGAAACAGUCAGUCUUUAGGAACUUAGGCAUUGUACAGGUUAAAUGUUGAUGUGCUGUAUUCCACUGAUUUUUUUAUUU